AUGUUUGGGAGAGUUAUCGUCGUGCUAUUGUUAUUAUGGAAACAAGAAGAAGUUAACAGUCUUCGCCUAGUGGAGCUACGGGUUCCUACACACGAGCGAGAAGGCGGCAUGGCUCUCCUCGGCUGCCAGUACGACUUGGAAGGUGACACCCUGUACUCAUUGAAGUGGUACAAAGAGUCCCGAGAAUUCUACCGGUUCGUUCCUAAGAAUGAACCACCCGUAUACUACUUUCCUACACCUGGGGUCAAUGUAGAUAUAGCCCGUUCAUCCAACACAGUCGUCGCGUUAUUAAACCUAACGCAAGAGUCAGCGGGACACUAUCGCUGCGAAGUCUCUGGUGAGGCACCGCUGUUCGCCACAGUUAACAGGCAGAAAUAUAUUAAUAUUCAUUUACUGCCAAGGACGGGGCCGCAUGUAACUGGUCUGCAAGAACAGUAUAAAAUUGAUGACAUCGUAGUUGCCAACUGCUCAUUACCUCCAUCUCGACCGAAGGCAAAUCUCAAGUGGUUGAUAAACGAUCAACCCGCUGCAGCUGAAUACGUGAUAGGACCUUGGUACAGAGUGUCGGCAGAGCGUCCAGAUGCUGCAGAAACAAUCCUACAACUUAGCUUUCAAGCAACUUCAGCCCAUUUCAUAAAUGGAGCAAUAAAACUUAAAUGUCAAGCUACAAUAGCCCCGCUGUACCAAAGAGAAACAGAAUCUACGCACUACAAAGCAUUUCCUAUCACAGCGACAACAGAUCCUCCAGAUGUGAAUAAGGCAUCCUUUUCAAAAGAUUACGCCGAACCAGCUGAAAACUCGUUGGCAACUUUAAUUAUACCAAUUCUGUACCUAAUAUUAGUAUAG